UGGUGUUUAUUCCCCUUUCCCGGGGGCUGAGUCACGGCCCGAGGCGCCGGGGGUCAGCCCGGGGGGAGCCGUGAGGCGGCGCCCCCGGCCCCGCUCCCCGCCCCGGCCCGCCCUCACGUGACGCCGCUGGUUGCAAUUUUAGACCGUCAGCUGACUCCAGAAAUCCGUGGAGAGGGGCCGCUCUGCCUACAAAAACAGGGACGGGAGGCGGCAGCGGCGUCGCGGCCUCUCAGCGUCGGGAAGCUCCAGCCUCUGACCCCUCGCCACCGCCGCCAGCAGCGCCAUCGCCGCCAUGGGCCCCCGCGGCCUCCUCCUGCUGCUCGCCCUGGCCGGGUCCUGCGCCGCCCUCAUCAGGAUCCCCCUGACCAAAUUCCCUUCCAUGCGGCGGAUCCUGAGAGAGGCAGGCAGUGAGAUCCCAGAUAUGAAUGCCAUCACCCAGGCCAUCAAGUACAAGCUGGGCUUUGUCGAGGAGGGUAAACCCACUCCGGAGAUUUUGAAGAACUACAUGGAUGCCCAGUAUUUUGGUGUGAUUGGUAUCGGGACACCCCCCCAGAAUUUCACUGUGAUCUUUGACACUGGCUCCUCCAACCUCUGGGUGCCAUCCGUGCACUGCUCCAUGCUGGACAUCGCCUGCAUGCUGCACCACAAGUAUGACUCUGGUAAAUCCAGCACCUAUGUGAAGAACGGCACCAAGUUUGCCAUCCGCUAUGGGACAGGGAGCCUUUCCGGCUUCCUCAGCCAGGACGUGGUCACGCUUGGUGACUUGAAAAUCCUGGAUCAGACCUUUGGGGAGGCCACGAAGCAGCCAGGCAUAACAUUCAUCGCUGCCAAGUUUGAUGGCAUCCUGGGCCUGGCAUUCCCAAAGAUCUCUGUGGAGGGUGCCGAGCCUUUCUUCGAUAAUGUCAUGAAACAGAAGCUGGUUGAAAAAAAUAUGUUCUCUUUCUACCUAAACAGAGAUCCCUCUGGUGUCCCUGGCGGUGAGAUGGUCCUGGGAGGAACCGACCCCAAGUAUUACAAGGGCGAGUUCAGCUGGUUUAAUGUGACACGCAAGGCCUACUGGCAGAUCCACAUGGACUCGGUGGAUGUUGCCAACGGGCCAAGCGUGUGUGAGGGCGGCUGUGAGGCCAUUGUGGACACAGGAACUUCACUCAUCACUGGCCCCACCAAAGAAGUGAAGAAGAUACAGGAGGCCAUUGGUGCAAAACCACUCAUAAAAGGCGAGUACAUGGUGCCCUGUGAAAAAGUGCCGACCCUGCCUGUCGUCUCCAUGAAACUAGGAGGGAAGUCCUUCAGCCUCACAGGAGACCAGUAUAUCCUCAAGAUUACUGCACAAGGAGAGACUAUCUGCAUGAGUGGUUUUUCAGGCCUGGACAUCCCACCCCCCGGGGGCCCUCUCUGGAUCCUGGGAGAUGUCUUUAUUGGACCCUACUACUCCGCCUUUGACCGUGAUAACAACCGUGUUGGCUUUGCCACAAGUGCCUAAACAGCUGCCCCCCACUGCCUCUGCCACACACACAAACUUAAACACAUACACACAGGAGCCGUAGAGAAAGGUUACCAGUAUUAGAAAUCCAGUGAGUGGAAAGGAGAAAAAAAAAAAAAAAGGAAAAAGAAA